AUGCGAGGCGCACAGUUAAAUCUGAAUUUCAGAAAAACGAACACUUUAAAUAAAAGUACAUCCCAAGUCCUGCGUGGGAUAUACUCAUGCCGAGAUGCUCCGUGGCCCCCUGAAACCAGCCCGUGGCCGGCGUCCACACGCCCGUGCAAGGACGCUGGGGUGCGGGUCCCACAUCCUUCUCUCUUUCCAGGGAACAACCCAGGCUGGGGCGCCCCGCGUACUCGCAGGCCUCUCCGUCGGAAUGGUGAGUGGGCUAACACAUUUCAAACCUUUGGGAAAGAAGUGUGCCUCACAGAUCUUUCAAUGUGUCCUGCUCCCAGUGCUAUUCAUGGAGAGCCCCUGUGCUGUGAGUGCCAGGCCAGAUUCAGGGGCCACCUGCCAAUGCCCAGGACCGAGGCGGCACUACCUUACUGGGUGCCUCCAUCCCUGAGACCCCAAAAGAAGAUCCAAAAGAGGAUUCGGCUUUAUAUCCCCAAAAUCAUCAAAGCAUGCCCCUGCACAUGCCACUGCUUUGGGGGCCGCCUCCCGAUGCCUAGGGAUCGGGCCAUGAUGCCCUACUGGGUGCCCCAGGUCCUGAGGUCUCACAAUAAGAUGGCGAGAAGGCAACAGAGUUUUGCAGGCAUCCAAGGUAAUUCGGUACUCGGCCUGGGCCUGACUCGUUUUCUCUGCCUAGAAACCUCCUGGGACCCAAGCGCCUGUUAUAACUGUUGGCGGAUCUGUGACAGACGCCUCCUCUUCAAGUGGCAGCAGCUCCAGCCCCGUCAUCAGGAAAGGCGACUGGCCCUGGGGAGUGGAGCGAGCCCCCAGGUCCUCCUCCUGCCCCUCAGCCUCCUGACCCUCCUCCAGGCUAUCCUGAGGGUCAUCGCGAUCAUUCGCCAGUUUUUUUUAGUUUGAAGUUAGAAUCUUCAGCUACUGUCAGGAACACCAACAGAAAUGCCAGUCGUAAUCAAGGUCUUCAACGAAAGUCAUCAAGUCAGGAGGAGUCUGUGAUAGGAUAGCCACCGUUUUCUCAGAUCGCCCAGUUCACACCCAAGAGUCAAGCCAAAUU